AUGGCGGCCGCGGAUCCCCGGUCGUCAAGUGACGGCAGGCCGGCUAGCAAGGGAGGAUACCCGGGCGGGGAGAGCAGCAAGGACCGCGACGGACCGGGCGGCGACAAGGGGCAAGACGAACAGGACCGAGGCAGUUUCGAGUGCAACAUUUGUUUCGACACUGCAAAGGAUGCUGUCAUCAGUAUGUGCGGACACUUGUUCUGUUGGCCCUGUCUACAUCAAUGGUUAGAGACGAGGCCGAGCAGACCACAGUGUCCAGUGUGUAAAGCUGGUAUCAGCAGAGACAAGGUCAUCCCACUGUAUGGGAGAGGAAGCUCCAGUCAAGAGGACCCCAGGUUGAAAACUCCACCACGGCCACAGGGACAGAGAACUGAGCCAGAAAGCAGAGGCGGGAUGUUCCAUGGUUUUAGCGACACCAAUUUUCACAUGUCGUUCGGCAUCGGCGCUUUCCCGUUCGGUUUCUUCACGACGGUUUUCAACGGCAAUGACCCCUUUCACCGAGCAGACCAGUACCCAGGUGAAGCUCACGGCAAUGGCGCUAACAUCAACAACGGGAAUUACAAUUGGCAAGAUUCCCUCUUCCUGUUCGUGGCUAUUUUCUUUUUCUUUUGGCUGUUGAGCGUGUGA